AUGUUUUACUCCCAGGCCGGCGCCCGGCCACGAACGUGGGAAGCCAGUUCCCCAGAGCACAAGAAGUGGGUGGAAGUAUUUAAAGCAUGCGAUGAAGAUAACAAAGGCUAUCUAAGCAGAGAGGACUUUAAAGUUGCUGUUGUAAUGCUGUUUGGUUACAAGCCAUCCAAGAUAGAAGCUGAUUCUGUGAUGUCGUCAGUAGAUCCAAACACUUCUGGGAUACAACUUAAGGAGUUUUUAGACAUCGUAAGGAAAAAGAAGGAAGCUCAACUGUAUUGCAGUGAAGUAAGACACAUCUUCACGGCUUUUGACAGGCACUAUCGUGGAUAUUUAACUCUGGAAGAUUUCAAGAAAGCAUUUAAGCAGGUGGCUCCCAAGUUAUCAGAAAGGAUUAUUCUCGAGGUAUUCAGGGAAGUAGAUCAAGACUCAGAUGGUCAUGUCAGCUUUAAAGACUUCGAAUAUGCCAUGAACUCUGGACAAAAGUAA